CUGUAUAUGAACGUAAGUAUUUAUAAAUGAAACUAUAAUCAAUAGUAUUUGUUACACGGUGUUACUGCUUGUCUAAUGCAUUCACCUGCAAACUCUUUGAACUACAACUUAUCAACAGUGCUUAUCAGUGUUAAGCAGGGUACUCCAUUGUCACUGCGACCGCUUUGCUACUAUAUCCUUAACAAUGCACCCAAGGGGCUUAAAAUGAGGUGGAGUCCUUCAAGGUAUAUCUACCUCAAAUCAUGAAUGAAAGACAAAGGGAAAGAGCAGCUUACCCAUGAAGGGAAACUAGUCCUGUGCACGGAGAAAGUGAAGGUAUACCCGGAGAUAAAGAGACGCCAGCUUUCCCAGGACCGGGGAAACGGAUCCACCAGCAUUGUUUUAAGUCUGUUUUUAGUCCCUGGUCGUAAAUUAAAAUCGCUUUACUUUGUUUUGGUAUUGGAGGCGGUUCAGAUAAUGAUCGCGAUUGUGACCAUUGGAUGUGGAGUGAUCCUGAUGCUGUCUCCCCCUUCUUUGGUCAUGAUUACAAGAAUUCCCUUUGGGACCAGCUUAAUGUUUUUGUUUUCCGGCGCCUUGUCCAUUGCUGUUGAAAGAUUUCGAAAAGUCCUACAGGUUUGUGUUUGCAUCAACAUUGUGAGCUUCAUUUACGCUGGAAUUGGAAUAAUACUGUAUUCUGUGGAUCUGUCAUUUUGGAAUUCCUAUACCACCUCUACAGCGUUAAAUCUGACCACUGCAGAGAUCAAGGGUCUUAUGUGUAUGCUGGCUGUGCUGGAGCUGUGCAUUACAGCAGCCCUACUGAAGUCCAGAUUGGCAACAACACCAACAUCGCCAGAGAAUGAUUGAAUGAGGGCUCAGUGGAAUUGCUGUAUUGUACGUCCCCAGAGCUUUUGGCUAAGGCUUGGAUUAACCUGAAUUGCUGUACUUUAUAACAGCUACCAUAAAUUUGAUCUAAUCUGUAACCAACUGUAUUUUAGGAACAUUUGCUGUGUAGAAAAAUUGCGAAACCUUGAAGAUGACAAUGCUAUUUUUUGUGCUUUAAAAUAACUAUUUUUAGACCAUGAAAUGCCAAGAAAUAAGAUUAUUUUUACAGUGGAAAAAUAUAGAGCCCUAAUGAUAACUCACAAACACAGUUUUAAAACUUGUGUUUGGUUACUAAUAUGAAGCAAAGAAUAUAACUGAAAAUAGCAGCCAAUUGUACCUCACUACUCUCUUGCGUUAAUAAAUAUCUCAGAAUAGGUAGAAACAUGUCCAAAAGCUACCCCAGCUGUGUCUUUUUUAACUUGGCAAUUUUUAUAGAUUUCACACCUUUCUAAUUCAUGGCUUUUUCUUUUCAUCUGAAUUGGCUGUUUUUGGACAUGGGAAAUAUUGUGGUCAGAUAUUGUUUUGUAUGCUUUUGUAAUUAAAAGUCAAUAAAACACA